AUGGCCCUGCGAAGAAAGUUCACUUUCGAGCUACCUGAAGAUAGCUAUUGGAACGAAUCCGACUCGAAUUCAUCUGGGCUCUUCGAUGAUUUACAAUCAAAACAACUUCAAGCUCGAGCAGCCGUCGACAAUCUGUUUGGUGGCGAUGAGACUCCGAAGCCGUAUGUUCCGUCACAGAAUCCAACACCAGUUCCGGGAAGUGUAGCUCCACCACAAAUCGAUGUGAGAGCUGCCGCAGCUUCUGACAAAACAAAUAUCCGAUUAACAGACACUUCGCCGAAGGCGUCAGGAAAAAUUGUCGAUGAUUUUCUGAACAUGAAAUUCGCAGAUAACGUGAAACAUGCGCCGAUUCUGCAAUCUGCGCCGUCUGUUGUAUCUGAAGCGAGUGCAAGUAGUUUACCAAGUGAAGCACAGAGACUGGAUUUGGAUUAUAAUCGAUUGAGGCAAGAGCAUCGAAAACUGAAAGACCAACACGAAGUUUUGCGUCACGAAAGGUUCCAACCGCUGACAAUAGAGUCAAGUAUCAAAAGAAUGCUUCAAGGACAUAUAGUACCACUCGACUGCUAUAGAUCACUUCGAGACAAGACUUUGCUCCUGAAACAAGCAGUUUCAACAUGCGACAGUAACACUAUUUUUAAAAUCGUGAUAUUUUUGGAAAGGACGCUCAAAGAAAAUAUCUUCUUCAAAAUCAUGGAUGAUCAGAAAAGUGCUUGCAGAGUCUAUACACGGCAUCUGCAAAUUACCAGCAACUGGGAAAAGAUGAACAAGUUUCUGAGAGGAGUUGGCCAAUAUCAACAUGCAUCAGUCAUCGAGUUCGAAUCGACACGUAAAUACAAAAAGAAUCCAGACAAACGAGUUCCUCUGUUGCGAACAAUGUUGCAUGGCAGUUUCUCAAUUCCAGAAAUGAAGUUCGAAGCGAGACAGGUGGAGACGUUGAUGAGAAAUUAUGAGAUACAGUUGCAGAUGGAGAAAAUGGAUGCUGGUGGUAAAGGAGAGCAUUUCCGCAAGUUCCCGAAGACGACUUCACUUAUCGGAUUGCCAGCUUUAUCGACACUUUACUAUUCGGCUAUGUACCACUUUGAUGACUCGUCGACAUCAUCAGCUUCUCUUCCUUCCGUUCAAACCCUCAUUCGGUUCAACGAUCGCCUUGCUCUUCAAACCAUCGUUUCCGCGUUGACAAGACAAAGCCGGUGGCCUGAUAUUGACAAGCUUCUCCAGCCGAAAACAAUUACGAUGACCUUCAGUGCUGCAAAAAGUGUGUUCAAAGGGAAGAAAUCAACAAGCAAAUGGGGUGUCUCCAUCAACAAUCACAAUUUGCUAACCAUUAUACGGCGAUCUCAUCCUUCUCCGCCGACUGAUUUCAUCUAUCGCAUUUUGAAAGGCGAAAAUGAUGCACAAGAACGUCUCCGAUUGGCUCUUCUCUUCGAUGCACCGGAAAUGGUGAUUGAGUGUAUGACACAGAAAGGAGAUCGGAUAUCGUUGGCGUCCUAUACAAAAUCAUUGAAACCAAAUUCGGUUGAAUCGUUUAAGGCGGUUGCUGCUCUCAAUAAUCCUUCUAUUAAAUGGAAGUGA